CUGCUUAGCAACGAUGCUGUUGACGUUCCUAGCAAGUCAACUUAGCUUGCUCGAGCGUUAGCCAAAGCUGACACCUUUAUAUGUGUUAUUCAGCUUUAACCUAUUUAUUUUAAUUGGACAUCAUCGAUAUAUAUUGUCUUAUUUUUGUUAGCUUAAUUAUUUGUCUCAUUCUGUGCAUAUCCAGGGAAUUCCUUUACGAGGUUGUCGGAAGAGAAGUGUGUCGUUGUAGCUAGCACGUAGGUCUGUUGACAUAGCAUAGCAUAGUUGACAUUCUAAACUUUAUCGAUACAACGCAUAGCCUCUAGCUCUAGACUGUAAAAGAUACAACGUUGCGGGUUCCCAUAGAAUAAUGCUAGUCGCCUAGGUUUCUUUUUUUACACAAAAAAUGUUCAAGACAAAGAUUCUUAUUAUCGGUCCAAGUGAGAGUGGAAAGACUGUAUUAGCCAAUUUCUUAUCGGACACAGUGGAGACUAUUGGGGGCGAUUACAGUCCAACACAAGGUGUCAGGAUACUUGAGUUUGAAUCACAGAACCAUGGAAGCGGAGACAGAGACUCCUCUUGUGAGGUGGAAUUGUGGGACUGUGGAGGAGACUUCAAGUUCGAGUCUUGUUGGCCUGCGCUGAUGAAGGAUUCCAAUGGGACUUCGGGAGAAUCAGUGCCUUUUACUUGUCCAUCACAAGCCUGGAAGCAGUGCGAAUGCUUCUCCUCCACCACUGGGGACAUGCAUCUACUUAACACCAUAAUCAAAAAUUGUGUUUGGAGAAUGUUGUCUUCAGAUAGCAAAUGCAAAAAUUGUGAUGCUGGCGUUUUGUGUGCAGCACCAAAUCUAAGCAAGCUGCAACUCAUUCACUCUAAUUUGGAAGAGGACCCUGAGGAUGUGCGGCAGGAGUUUCGCCGAUUUUUGGGGGGUGUUGUGAAGACGAUGUCUGAAAACCGAGACAAUUUGGAAAUGUCAAUCUUCACCUGAACACUUAUGGUCAUGUCUUGUUAAUACCAUGGAGUUAACUGCUCAUACUUAUCACACCUGGAAACGGUUUUGAAACUUGUUUUCCCUUAGGAUCUGUACAUAGAUAUGCACAUAAAUUGUUACUUGUAAAAUAUUGCUUUUUAUCAGUGAAUGUUCAAUAAACUAUUCUCUACAAAA